UCUCAAGCUUUACAUACACACACACAUAUAUAUAUAUACAUAGCCCUUCCAAUUGCUUGAUGUAAGCCACGAGUUAUCAAACCUAAGAAGCAUAUUCAAAUACAAUCAACAGUGGUCACUCCUGUUUUGCUGCUAUGACUAGUGUUUUGGUGUUUGGCUUUUGUGUAACAGUAAGCUUGGUUCUAGCACUUGGUUCUGUUUCUGCUCAACCAACACGGGCUUUCUUCGUUUUCGGUGAUUCGCUCGUCGACAGUGGUAACAAUGACUUCUUGGCAACCACAGCCAGAGCAGACGCUCCACCCUAUGGCAUUGACUACCCAACACACAGACCCACUGGACGCUUCUCUAAUGGCCUAAACAUCCCUGACUUAAUCAGUUUGGGGCUUGGCCUAGAGCCUACACUGCCCUAUUUGAGCCCGCUACUAGUUGGAGAGAAGCUUUUAAUUGGUGCCAAUUUUGCAUCCGCUGGAAUUGGCAUUCUCAACGACACGGGGAUUCAAUUUUUGAACAUUAUCCACAUUCAGAAGCAACUGAAGCUAUUCCAUGAGUAUCAGGAAAGGUUAAGUUUACACAUUGGUGCAGAGGGAGCUCGGAACCUAGUAAACAGAGCACUCGUCCUCAUCACUCUUGGAGGCAAUGAUUUUGUCAACAAUUACUACUUGGUGCCAUAUUCAGCAAGAUCUCGCCAAUUUUCUCUCCCUGACUAUGUGCGCUAUCUCAUAUCUGAGUACCGCAAAGUUCUCAGGAGGCUUUAUGAUUUGGGUACUCGUAGGGUUCUUGUAACUGGUACAGGACCAAUGGGGUGUGUUCCUGCGGAAUUAGCGACGAGAAGCAGAACUGGUGAUUGCGACGUGGAACUUCAGAGAGCUGCAUCGUUAUUCAAUCCCCAACUCGUUGAAAUGUUAAACGGACUAAAUCAAGAACUCGGUGCUGACGUUUUCAUUGCUGCUAAUGCCCAACGCAUGCACAUGGAUUUCGUUUCCAACCCUCGAGCUUAUGGAUUUGUUACAUCGAAGAUAGCUUGUUGUGGGCAAGGGCCAUAUAACGGGGUUGGACUGUGCACAGCGGCCUCAAACUUGUGUCCAAACAGAGACCUUUACGCGUUUUGGGAUCCAUUCCAUCCAUCCGAGAAAGCUAGUCGAAUCAUAGUCCAACAGAUCCUCAGAGGCACCACUGAGUACAUGCACCCCAUGAAUCUUAGCACCAUCAUGGCCAUCGAUUCCAGGACUUGAUCAAUGCCUCCUUCCUUCCUUCGUUUUUUCAAUUUCUCUCGCAAGUCUUCACAAGACAUAAUUAAGUUGUAGUUGGUCAUAUUCUAUCUAUUUGUGCCCCUUAAUUAAGUUUAUUUCAUCUUCUCAUGAUGAUCCCCUAGCUAGUGCAUGUGGUUUGUGCUGCAAAGUUAUCAUGUACUGGUUUGCCCCUCCAAUUGUUAUUGCUCUCUUGGAAGUAAUUUUGGUCUGUCACCAGCAAUAAAAUGUUUUCUGUUCCUUAA